AUGACGCCCAGCCUUACACUUUCCGUCCACAUUUCUCUGGCCAACUCGCCAUGUUGUGCAACAAAGGAGGGAGCUGCUCAUGUUAGAGGAUCAGUGGAGACGUUUUUCUCAUUGUCACAGAGUUGUAAAGAAUCUGCCUGCGACUCGUCUGGAGACCGGAAUACGACGCUGGUGUGCGCUGGGAUGUUCAGCAUCGACAGCAUUCUCUCCGGACGGCCGGGAUGCAAAGACCCGCUGCUGUUGAGGGGCAGCCCGGUGGUUCUGUCCACCGGCCUGUCGGAUGCAAUUUACAACGACUACAGCGGUCUUUACAGGGCCGCUUGCGGAAUGUCGCCCACAAGAAUUCAGUCGUUAAACGGAGCCAGAGUGGGAUACAACUGUUACGGGCAGCUGCAGGUCCCGAGCACCGGAGGAGGUCCACCAUGCUGCGGUUCGUUGCAGCAGUGUCCGUGCAUACCAGCAGGCUACGAAAGCUCGGUGUUGAUUUCCCCGGUUCCGCACCAGAUGGUUUCUUACAUGAACAUGGGGAGCCUGUCGCGAACGGAGCUACAGAUUCUAAAUCAGUUGCACUGCCGGAGGAAGCGCCGACAUCGGACAAUCUUCACCGAUGAGCAGCUCGAGGCGCUGGAAGGCCUGUUCCAAGAAACCAAGUACCCGGACGUCGGCACCCGGGAGCAACUGGCCCGCAAAGUUCACCUCCGCGAGGAGAAGGUGGAGGUUUGGUUUAAAAACCGGCGAGCAAAGUGGAGAAGACAGAAGAGGUCUUCAUCAGAAGAAUCUGAAAAAUCAGAGAAAUGGAAAAGAACAACUAAAAUCGCGGAGGAGAAAACAGACGAGAGCAAAACCCAAGUGGAUUCAGACAGCUGAUGGAAAACGACUCUCACAUCCUGGAGGAUAUGUUGAAUUUUGGCACGCACAAAGGCGCGCGCACCCAUGCACACAUACUCUCGUAUGCUAUUUAAAUUUGAACGUUUUAUUUAAAUUGUUUUGUAAGGUGAAUAGGCCAGUUCAGACGCCGAGGUUGAAUUGGUCUACGUGCAUUGUUUCAUCAAUCGAUGCUAUUAUUAUUAUUAUUGUUGUUGUUAUUAUUAUUAUUAUUGUCCGUUGAAACGACUUGUCACUUUUUCCUAAAUUAACAAACUGGAAUCUCAUAGCCCUUGUACUCCGUCGUAGCUUCUGCAGGCUUAAAAAGUAUCCAUUUCCGUUGUCACCUAAGUGCGUUUGGAAGACAAUGUUCCGAUCAUAACUAUUGUUCAUUUAAAUAAAAGUGUAUUUAUACGAAAUACUUUACAUCAAGACGUGAACUAUUGUGAAUUUCACUUUUCUGCCGUCCUGGUUGUCAUCCGCGAUUUGUAAUUGUGUAGACUGACGAAAAAGCUUAUAAUAUAUUUCUAAUUCCAUUCGCAUUUUUUGACGUAAUUACAUUGUAAAGAAAAUAAUAAUAAGAGCGCAGUUUUACGGUUUUCGAAAGUGUGUUUGUCCAUCGUACGCUAGGGUUCGCUACGGUGCUCUCGAACAUCCA